AUUAUAAAAUUUGUAAAAAACAAUAGAAAAACAAAUAUUUUUGUUAAAUAUGCAACAACAAUUAUUAUUAUCAUCUCAAACAUCUUUAUCACCAUCACAGCAGCCAUUACCAAUCACAUCAUCAUCAUCGUCAUCAUCUUCAUCACCAUCAUCAUCAACAUUAUUUACAUUACAGCCAUCAUCACCGGAAUCAAUAUUACGUUCAAUGAUUUCAUAUCCACAGGAUAAUAAUACAGAUCCUAUACCAUAUCUACAGCAAGAAUAUAUUCAACAUUAUCAACAACAACAGCAGAAACAACAACAACAACAACAGCAGCAGCAGCAGCAGCUGCAGCAGCAAAAUGCAAUGAUACCGUUAACAACAACAAUAUCUUCAUCACCGAUGACAAAGACAAUGACAUCGACAUUAAAUUAUUGUCAUCCAAAUAUUAAUUAUCAUCAUUUAUAUAAUAAUGAUCAUCGUUUAUUAUCAUAUUCAGCACCAUCAAGUCCAUCUGGUAUGAUCAUGCCAUCAUCAUCAUAUUAUCAAAUUGAACCUGCAAAUUUUAAUGAAACAUCUAAUAAUAAUGGCCAAUUCUAUUCAAAUGAUAUUAAUAAUAACAAUAAUACUACAACAUCAUCGUCAUCAUCAUCAUCAUAUCCAUUGAAUGUACAACAACCUAUUGGCUAUUUUCAUCAAAAUCAUUCAGCAUCAUCAUCAUCAUCAUCGUCAUUUGAAACAAUUGAUAAUCAAUAUGAUAAUCAAACAAUACUUGAAAUGGAUAAUCCAAUGGGAAAUUUUUCAAUACAAAAUUCCAAUCAAUCAGAUUAUCAAUUAUCAUUACUUUACAAUAAUAAUAAUAAUGAAUAUAAUGAUGGAAAUAAUUUCUCAACCAUCAGUAAUAAUAAUAAUAAUAAUAAUUUUAUACAAAACAAUGAUAAUUUAAUGAUGAAAAAAGAUGAUUCAUCAACAAUCAAUUUAAUUGAUCCAUGUAAUUCAUCGAUAUUGAAUGGUAAUAUUAUCUAUAAGGAAAUUGGUCGAACAAAAAAUUCAUCUGCAACAACGACGACGACGAAUAAUAAUAAUGCAAUGAUGACACCGCCAUCAAGUCCGGAUAAUGAAACAUCAGCUUAUCUAGCAUAUCAGAAAACAAUGAACGGCAAUAGUAAUUCAUUCGUUACACAGGAAAUUCCCACCAAUUCUGUUCGAGAAUUUGCCAAUUCAAUUGAAUUAUUUGAUAAUCCAAUUACAUUGAAUAAUUAUUCAGUUGCAUCACUCAUUACUGAUAAUGAUUGUCAUAAAUUGAUCGAAACAGAAUUAUCACCACCACCAGCACCAGUAUCAAUGACCAAUACAAAAUCUCCGCUUGCAUCAAUGAUUAUAACAACGAAAAUCGCUGAUCUUGGUUCCAAUUCACGAACAACAACAACAACAACAAUGGGCAUAAAAAAGACAAGAGGAAAAAAAUCGAAUACAAUCGGUUCAUCAUCUUCUUCUGUAACAGGUCGUAUUGAUGGUAUCAAAGUUCAUAAAAUUACACCAACAGCAACAACAUCAUCAUCAUCAUCAUCAUCAUCAUCGGAAAUGGGUGGUGAUAAUAAUAAUAAUAAUCAACCAACAAAUAAACAAACACAAAAACGUACUGCACAUUUAUCGGCUGAAUUUCGUUAUCGAACAAAAUUGAAUGAAAAAAUAAACAAACUUAAAUGUUUAGUAUCGAAACAAAAACAUAACCUUAGUAAAUCGGCUGUAUUAACACGUUCGAUUGAAAUGAUUAUGAAUUUGAAAAAAUUAGUUGUUCAAUUACAUCAGGCUAAUAUACAAUUACAACAACAGCAACAACAACAACAACAACAGAAUCAAAAUUUACAUGCAACAUUACCAACAGCAACAGCAACAUCAUUAUCAUUGAAAGAUGUAAAAACAAUGACAAAAAAUCUAUCAACACAAUUCAUAAAUGUAAAUCAUCUAACAUCAAUCAAACCGGAACAAUUAUCAUCAACAGCAGCAGCAGCAGCAGCAUCGUCAACAACGGAUAUAAAAAAUGAACCAAUAGAUACAAAUGAACAACAAUUUUAUUGAAUAACAACAACAACAACAAAAAGAAUUUGCCAUUUGGAUUUAUUUUAGCUUUUAAUUUCUAUAUAUCUU